UAACAAUAUGGACGAACUCAUUGCGGGUGCUGCAUUAAGUACUGUGACCUUUGUUGGCAAAGCUGCGUUCUCUCAUUCUAUGAAUUAUGUUCUGAGACAAGUCGCGACCAACGUGACUAAUAACAUGGCGAGCAGAGUUACAACUUACAUGCGAAAGGAUACUUCUUCCUCCACUUCCAAGGAAGAGAAAAGCAAAGUUGUUUCUUUAAUCACCGCUAAUGAGGAAGAGCUAAGGCGUGCAAAAGAGAAUUUAGGACUUAGUAUUCGUAUGGUAUUACCAGCAAUCGAACUAAUAGAAAUCAUUUCAGCACGUGGCAAUACUACGCUACAAUCGACGGUUGAGCACGCAAAACAAUUGCAAAAAGAAAUUGUGUCAGUUGGAAAGAAACUUGACCCUCAAUUAAAUCAAAGUUCAGAAAGAUUGUCCUUACAAGAAGUUACUUCAUAUAACGAAAAUUUAAUAAAAGAGAUUGAACUACUAAUACAAAAGAUUGAAAGAUUUGUUCCAUAUCUCAAUCUUAUAAUGACAACAAGCGGAGCUAAUUUAAAUUGGAGUUUGCCAAAUUCUGUUAGCCCUUCAAGAUUCUUACAAUCUUCUAAUUUAUUAUCCGAAGCUAACAGGAAAUUUGCUAAUAGUAAAGAUGAACAAAUACGUGUUGGACCUACAUAUAAGCUGAAAUUAUAUUACAUGUUUACAGCUUCAGUGAGACCGAAAUCUAUUAAAGAUUUCACUUGGAAAGAAGAAUUUACAAAAUGUAACGCUAGUUUAAAUAGAGUACGCGAAAUUGAGGGAAAGAAGAAAAAGAAAAGUAAAGAGUUUAUAUAUGAGUUGGUUUUAAUAGAAGAUUUAAACGAUGGAAGGUAUCAUGAAGAAUUUGAUACGGAAGAUUUAGCAAAGCAAAAAGAAACCACAUCUAAGCUAGGUAAACCAAAUGAAACCAUCCCAGGAAAAGUUCUUCGUAUUCCAGUGAGUGAUAUUUCUCGUUUAUAUUAUACAUCUUCUGGAAGUUUGUUAAACAUUGAAGAGUCAAGGUCGCCAGUUUUGGUACUUAAAAUUAUAAAAGGUUUAUCUAAAUCCCGAAUAAUUAAAGAAGGAAUAAUGAAUGCAAAGGAUACAGAUUCUAAUCCAUUAGUGGUUACUCCGGAGAAACGUAAAAAAGAUUCGAAGUAUCAAAUGAACGCAGAAUUUUAUGCAUUAGAAUUAUUUCAAGAAUCAGAUGACAUUCCAAAUACAAAUGAUCAAGAGUUAGAGGAAAAUGAAGAAGAGGAGAUCUAUAGUAGUGACGAAGAAGAGGAAGAAGAAGAAGUGGAAGAAGAGACUCACUCGCCGAAAAAAGCGCUUUCACCCAUAACGCCUGGUGAGCCAGAAACACCCUCACCACGAAAAAUAGCUUUACCUUUAACUCCUACUCCUAGCGAGCCAGAAUAUCUUUCAACCCCUUCACCAAGAAAAAUACCUCUACCUCCAAGCCCUGAAAAAGAUGAAGAUUCAACUAUAAGUGAUGAAUCAGAAAAUGAAGCAAAUAAGGUUACUAGGAACAAUACUACUAAUACUGAAGGAACAGAAAUCCAAAAGACUCAUGAUAUUACUAAUAAUAGAAAGGAGAUUUUAGAGGUUUCCGAGGGCCAAGACGAAUCUAAUGAGACUAUUGAGAAUAGUAUGAAAACUCUGAGUCUUCUAGAAUUUAUCUUGCGUUUAAGCGCAUUAGAAGUAAGUGAACAGAAAAGUCACCUUGAAGUAACCGAUGAAAAGCUUAAUCUCUUUCUUAGAGAUGAAGAUUCAUCUGGAGCUUCAGCUGGUUCACAAACUCCAGAAUCUACACCGUCUAAAUCAACAUCUCGUACUUCGAGUCCUCGUGUUACACCAAUUAAAUCGUCAUCAUUAUCUUCAACUAGAAGAAGACUAUUUAAAGACGACAUAAAAGAAGAUUACAUGGAUAGUCCGUUGGCAAAUAAAAUGUCAAAUUUGAAAAUCAAAUAAUUAUGAAAAUAAUUUUUCUUUGAUCUCUUAAUGUUA